CCGUGCGAGGGCCAGGUCAGCGCCUGCCCGGAGAGGCGAAACGAGGGGACCCCCGUGCGGCCAUGGCCUCGCUUUUGGGAGCUUACCCGUGGCCCGAGGGGCUCGAGUGCCCGGCCCUGGAAGCCGAACUGUCGGAUGGGCUGUCGCCACCGGCCGCCCCCCGCCCACCGGGGGACAAGGGCUCGGAGAGUCGUAUCCGGCGGCCCAUGAACGCCUUCAUGGUGUGGGCCAAGGACGAGAGGAAACGUCUGGCGGUGCAGAACCCGGACCUGCACAACGCCGAGCUCAGCAAGAUGCUGGGAAAGUCGUGGAAGGCGCUGACACUGUCCCAGAAGAGGCCCUACGUGGACGAGGCGGAGCGGCUACGCCUGCAGCACAUGCAGGACUACCCCAACUACAAGUACCGUCCUCGCAGGAAGAAGCAGGCCAAGCGUCUCUGCAAGCGUGUGGAUGCGGGCUUCCUCCUGAGCUCCCUCUCCCGAGACCAGAACGCUCUGCCGGAGAAGCGGGGUGGCGGCCGGGGGCCGCUAGGGGAGAAGGAGGACAGGGGUGAGUACUCCCCGGGCUCCGCCCUGCCAAGCCUGCGGGGCUGCUACCACGAAGGGCCGACCGGCGGUGGCGGCACCCCGGGCAGCGUGGACACUUACCCGUACGGGCUGCCCACGCCCCCGGAAAUGUCGCCCCUGGACGUGCUGGAGCCGGAGCAGACCUUCUUCUCGUCUCCCUGCCAGGAGGAGCAUGCGCACUCCCGCCGCAUCCCCCACCUGCCGGGGCCCCCUUACUCACCAGAGUAUGCCCCCAGCCCCCUCCACUGCAGUCACCCCCUGGGUUCCCUGGCCCUUGGCCAGUCCCCAGGCGUCUCUAUGAUGUCCACUGUACCCACCUGUCCCCCGUCUCCUGCCUAUUACUCGCCUACCACCUACCACCCUCUCCACUCCAGCCUCCACGCCCACUUGGGCCAGCUCUCCCCCCCUCCCGAGCACCCUGGCUUUGACGCCCUGGAUCAGCUGAGCCAGGUGGAACUCCUGGGGGACAUGGAUCGCAAUGAGUUCGACCAAUAUUUGAACAAUCCUGCCCACCCAGACUCUGCUGCAGGGGCUGUGGCUCUCAGUGGGCAUGCCCAGGUCUCCCAGGUGACAUCGACAGGCCCCACAGAGACCAGCCUUAUCUCCGUGCUGGCUGAUGCCACGGCCACGUACUACAACAGCUACAGCGUGUCAUAGAGUCCGAGGCAGCCAGCCCAGCCCCGCCUCGCCGGAGCCCUCUUCUUCCCGCGCUCUGAGCAGAGCCGAUGGCUCCGCGCUACCAGCUUUCCUUCAAUCGCUCUGCGUGUGCAGGUCUGAACUGUCAGCGGGGGCAGAACCGGGCUCUGCCGAUCUGAGCGUCCCUUCGCGCUCCCUGCAGCGUUUUUGAGUGUAUUCCUUCAAACGGGUUUUCUUUGACUACACCCUGGGAAUAAGGCAAGGUAGUUGCUGAAAGAUAGUUUCCCGGUAGAUUUUCAUUUAUUUGUCCCACUUCCCAUCACGGAAACAAUCCUGUGAGAUCUCAGAGACUUUCAUACAUCUCUAGCUUCUGAUACAGCCGCAUGGGGCACAGCCGUGCAGAUCUUUGGGCACUCUCUGUGAGGAGACCCCGAGCUGGGGUCCAGGGGACUCCGGCUCCAGCCCCAGUUCUGCCUCAGAGGAUUGGUGGAACUACCACUGGUCUCUCUUCCUCUUCCAGCCUCUCCCCCACCCCCCAACUCCCUCCUCUCCUGACCUAGGAAGUGGGGGACAGACUUGAUAUCUAAGACCCCUUCUGCUCCCGGGUUUUCUGAUCUAGGAUUCCUUCAAGGCUAAUUAAAAGGAAAACGAAGUUUGACCUAGUAAGUUCAUUGAUGGCCAACCUAAUGAUAACUGUGCACAGCCCUCGAACUUUCUGCACUCGCACUGCAUUUCAGAAUGAUCACGGUCUUUCAAAAGGACUCCUCCAAUUUGAGAAACAACACCCAUCUUGAUUUGGAAAAUUAACCGCUAGGCUUGACUGCAUCAUUGAAAAUGAGAUUGAAUUCAAACUAUUGUUUUUAAAACAUAUUUUAGAAAAUCAAUUAUUUCUUAUUAAACAGACAUUUCAAGAGAAUAUAUACAGCCUGAAUAUAUACAGUGUGUGUGUGGGACAUGCACAACACACACGCUUUCAUACAUGUCUGCGCAGCCUAGAUCAGAUACUCUUGUUGUCAACUCCCUGUUCCUAAUGACCCAAAGAACUGGGAACCUAAAAAGAAUUUCUACAGAGCAACGUCACUUACCUCCAAUCUAGAUAUGUUGAUUUCUUGAGCAAAAUUUCAUCAUACCUCCCCUGUGCAGGUGCAAAAAGAGCUUCCUUCUCUCUGUCUCCGACUCCCCUUCUUCCUUUCCCAGGAUUUCUUUUUCUCUUCUUCACUGUUUCCCAGGAUUUCUUUUUCUCUUCUUCACUGUUCUUCCUCCACCCCUGAGUUGGCCAUGAAUUCAAAGAUCGCCUUCCCAGCCAGCUGAUUCUUGGUAGCACCUUCAGCCAACACUUCAAAACAACUUCCCCUUCACUAUACUUAAUUCCCAAAGAACAGAAACGCACUGUGAUUUAGAAAAUAUUUCUGAGCCCUGACCCCACCCCAAAAACAUUUCCAUCCUUUCCCCAAACCUCCUUUGAAGGAACAUAACUAGUAAUGAGUGAAAAGACAGCUGUCUGUCUUUCAAUGGCAGCAUAUUAUUAUUGCCUGUUUGAAAUAUGUAAGUGUUUUAUAUAUUCUCCUAUUUUCAGCUUAUAUUUUAUAUCAUUGAGAGAUCCUUUUUUUUUCUUCUAAGGAGUCCUACUGUAAAAUUACUUAUAAGAUAUAAUUAAUCCUUAUGCUAUUGCUGUAUAUGUUUGGUAAUAAAUAGUAAAUCAUUGACAAUAUGAUUGACUGGUGCAGUCCAGAAUGUAUAUUAAUAAUCUUGUAAAACAUUAUCACAGACAUUAAGCUAAACUGUUCCAAUUUUUUUUUUUGUAAGAACUACACAUGGUUUGGAACAGUUGUAGAUAUUGAUCUGUCUAAAAUAUUUAAUUUAAAUAAAUGUUUUUGUACCAUGA